AUGAUCUUAUCGAAACAACCUCACUUCUGGUUUCACUCCAUCAUGGAGAAACUACCGAUCCACUCUAAGGAAGGAGAUGGGAAUACUCUUGAACAGGCAAACAACUCUGAUCGCCGUGGCCGUCCUACCACAGCCACCUAUUUGUGUCGAAUCGGUGUUAUUGCGUUGCUCUUUAUCGGCUACCUUUUGCUUCUAACGCCGUCUUCCCCGCGAUGUACUGGUAUAGCUCCACAGACAGAGAGCUAUCAAGCUGAGGUUCAAGAAGAGUAUGACAACUACUUGCAGCUGGGACGCUUUGCUUCUGAUGCACAUCAAACACUUGAGCAGACUAAGAUACCGCUAGAGGCUCACAUUAUGAGCAAAUGCCCAGAUGCCCAGGCUUGCUUGCAAAAACUGGUUCUACCAGCCAUGGAAAAGAUCAGUGAUAAGGUGGACUUCAAGCUAUCAUUUAUUGCUAGUGUCUCUAAAGAUUCUGAAGAGAUAGAGUGCAAGCAUGGCCCAGGUGAAUGCAUCGGUGAUAUGCUCAUGCUCUGUGCGGCCAACCUUCCUUUCCCUCCCACUGCGGACGAAGCAUCUCUUCCAUCUCAGUACCCCAAGACCCCUAUUAUCCGGUCGCUAGGAUUCGCGAAUUGUCUAAUCAAUGACUAUGCCCGGAUUCCAGACCGCGAAUUCGUACAUCACUGUGCAAUGGAGCACGGGAUUGACUUUGACGCCUUAAACAAAUGUGCGAGCCAGCAGAAUGAUGACCCCAACGACGGCAACGACGGCGAACCACCACUCAGUGGAAUUGCGCUGCUGCGUGAAAGCGCCACGAAAAGCGAACAACUCGGCGUUAAGAUUAGUUGCACGGUGCGUCUCGAUGAUGCUGUUUGGUGCAUUCGCGAUAGCGACGAAUGGAAAAACUGCGCCCAGAAUGGAGAAGGCAGUAAGCCCUCAGCCCUGGUCGAUCAAGUCGAAAAGCUCUGGAAGGAGAGGAACUGA